UGAGAUUCCCAGUAUUGAGGGAGAUAAUAAUAUAAAGGCAGAGGUUAACAAGUCGGUGGAAAUUAAGUUUAAUGCUACUGAUGAUGAAAGUUAUACUUAUGAAAUACUUCAGCAACCUCUAGGGUUCAGUUUUAACAAUACCACUGGCAUAGCAACAUGGACACCACAGGAUAAUAACGUUGCAAACAUUAGCGUAACUGUUGUUGACAACAAAGGAGAACAAGCGGCCCCAGUAGAUGUCGCUAUUAUCCUCUGUUCCGGUUGUAAUGGGCGUGGAAAUUGUAGUUAUAAUAAUACUCGAAGUUCUACAUCUGAUAUGUUUAAAUACGCUGAAUGUGAAUGCGAUAUCGGAUACUCGGGACAAGAUUGUGAGAACGAUACAGAUGGUUGUGCCCAGUCUCCCUGUGCCCAAGGUAGAGAUUGUACAGACUUGACACCUGAGGAGGAGCGUCUACGGGGGAGGGGAUACAGUUGCUCUGACUGUCCUGCUGGUUAUUUCUUAGAUGUAGACAAAUGUGAAGAUAAAAAUGAAUGUAACAGUACAACAACAAACACAUGCGAUAGUACGACACAAGAUUGUGAAAAUACGGAGGGCAGCUAUCAAUGUAAUUGUAAGACGGGAUUCAGAAAAGUUGGAGACACUUGUCAAGAUGUCGAUGAAUGCAUAGAAAGCACAUCUGGAUGUGAGCAGAGCUGCACCAAUACUCCUGGGUCAUUUGUUUGUUCUUGCGUCACUGGUUUUAAAUUAAAUAGUGACAAGAAGUCAUGUAACGGAUCGAGAAAUUGCAUUGGAUUAAAUUGUGAAUAUGCUUGUUCCAACGCAACUGGUAGUGAUAUAUGUAUAUGCAGGACUGGUUUCAAGUUAAAAGACGAAGAAAAUUGUACAGACAUAAAUGAAUGUGAGGUAGGAGGAUUUUGUUCCCAGGACUGUCAGAAUUCUGUUGGCACAUACACUUGUUCCUGCUUUUCUGGCUUUUCACUGAACCCAGAUAAAACAACGUGUUCAGCAUGUGAACCUCCAAGUUAUGGCGUAGAUUGUAAAGAAACCUGUAGGUGUGGUAAGGGGAUGGACCGCUGUGAUCCAGUGACAGGUUGUGUCUGUAAAGCCAACUGGACAGGAAGUAACUGUGAUCAAGAUGUCAAUGAAUGUACAGAAAACCCAAAUAUUUGUGGUAGUGACAAAACCUGUGUAAACUUGGAGGGAGGUUACACAUGUAACUGUAGAGCUGGAUAUAAAAAAGACAGCCAAGGAAACUGUGGUGAUAUCAACGAAUGCGAUAAUGCUGCUUCUAAUAACUGCUCUACAGAGACGACAAUCUGCUCCAACAACAACGGAAGCUAUAGUUGUACAUGUAAAUCUGGAUACACGCGCAAGAACCUCUAUGAGUGUGAAGAUUUUGAUGAGUGCAAUGCUGGGACGGAUGGUUGUACUCAGAAAUGUGAAAAUGUAGAUGGAAGUUUUAACUGUGAAUGUGAAUUUGGUUAUACGUUGGGUGAUGAUAGAAAAACAUGUAUAGAAGUACAAGACAUAUGUAGCCUGUUUCCAUCAUUAAACUGCACAUACGGAUGCAAAAAGAAUAAUACUGUUGGAUACUGCUUCUGUGCUGCUGGAUACCUACUGAAUGCACAGGACAAGAGAUCUUGUGUUGAUGUUGACGAGUGUAAUGAUGUCACUUUGAAUAAUUGCAACUUCAAAGAAAAAUGUGUUAAUACUGGUGGUUCCUACAACUGCUCAUGUCCAACAGGGUACACAUUAGAAAAUGAUGGAAGAACAUGUAAAGAAUGUAAUGGGUUUACAUAUGGAGAAGACUGUAAAACGCCGUGUAACUGUGGAGUCGGUUUCUCUAGCUGUGAUAACGUCAAAGGUUGUAUAUGUGACGGUGGAUGGACUGGAGAAAAGUGUGACAUUGAUAAAGACGAAUGCUCCGCCGGAAGUCCUUGCACUAAAGCAAAUCAAGAAUGCAAGAAUACUCCAGGAUCAUAUCAGUGUGUUUGUGCUGUUGGAUAUGAAAAGAAUACAACGUCAGAUGAAUGCUUAGAUGUCGACGAAUGCAAAAGUAAUCCAUGCAGUCAGCUCUGCACGAACACUCUGGGAAGUUACUCCUGUGGCUGUAAUCCUGGAUUUAGAUUGGUAGCUACGUCACAGUGUGAGGAUAUUGACGAAUGCUCUGCUCCUACAAGUCCAUGUGAUCAAAUAUGUACCAAUACACAGGGAAGCUUCAGAUGCUCGUGUAAUCCAGGAUUCUCUCUUAAUACGACAACAAGGACCACAUGUGAAACAAGAACGCGGUGUGAGAACACUACAUUUAACUGCACUCAGAAGUGUGGAGUUAACUUGGAUAGAUCAGAAUAUUGCUUCUGUGAUCCUGGAUUCAGUUUGAAUGAUGACGGUUUCAAUUGCACUGACAUUGACGAAUGUUCCUCGAAUCCAUGCAGUGAAAACUGUACCCAGAAUGCCGUAGCUGGUGCCGGAUACACGUGUUCUUGCGCUGAUGGAAAGAGGCUGGAUGUAGAUAAUAGAACAUGUAUAGACUGUGACUCUCAAAAAUAUGGUCCUGGAUGUACCUCAGAUUGCACCUGCGACGUCCAGAACACUCUCUCAUGUAACAAAGUCAACGGAAGCUGUACUUGUAAAAAAGGCUGGGAAGGAGCAAACUGCUCCAUUGAUAUAGAUGAAUGUAAUAGUACUGAAACAGUAUGUCCGACCAAUGCCAAGUGUUCAAACACCAAUGGCUCUUUUUCUUGUAUUUGCAUUCCUGGUUUUGCCAUGGCCAAUGGAAAGUGUGUUGAAUGUACCAGUACUACGUAUGGUCAGGAUUGUGCCAAUAAAUGCACAUGUGACAUCACUAACUCAAGGUCAUGUGACAAACAAAACGGGACUUGUUACUGUAAUGAUGGUUGGAUGGGAGCCAAUUGUACAGAAGACAUCAGAGAAUGCGAUAACAACCAGAAUAUCUGUGGAGCUAAUGCUAACUGUUCCGAGGUUCCUGGUUCAUAUGCAUGUAAUUGUGAUCCUGGAUAUAAGAAAAGUACCAAUGGUUUAUGUGAAGACAUUAACGAAUGUGUACUGGGAAAAGACACAUGUGAUGCAAAUGCUGAUUGUACAAAUACUGUUGGAAGUUUCAAUUGUACUUGUAACGUUGGUUUCAGUGGAGAUGGUUUUUCUUGCACGUCUUGUAACAAUACACAUUUUGGAGAGGAGUGUUCUUCAUUAUGUAGCUGCAUAGAGGCAAACACUGUGGACUGUGAUGAUGUUACUGGGAAGUGUACCUGCAAAACGACUUGGAAUGGUACAAAUUGUGAUGUCGAUAUCAAUGAAUGUGACCUUGGUACUCACAACUGCAACAAGACUUACCAAAACUGUGAAAACAACGAUGGUGGUUUUAAAUGUGUCUGCCGUUAUGGAGAAAGUAGCGGUGUUUGUAAGGGAGGAUGUAACGAUACACAUUAUGGUUAUCAGUGCAACCAAACAUGUCCUUGUGAUUUGACAAACACCCCUAAUGUAGAUUUUCCAAAGGGUUUGGAAAAGUUUUGGAAUUCCAUGGAAUUCCAAACAUUUCCAUACAAGAGUCUAAAAGUGUUUUUGGAAGUUUUUGGAAUCUUUUGGAAUUUGAAUAACAAAUUUGGACUUAGACAUUUUGAGGUUUGGAAAGUUGUGGAAUUCUAUGGAAAAGCUGAUAAAAUGAGAAACUUAGACAUUUUCUGCUCUGGAAAGCUGUGGAAAAUAACUUAG